GGCGCAAGCGGGGCCGGAGCCGGGAAGUUGGGCGAAGGGCGCUGCUCCCGCCGAGGAGGAGGCGGCGGCUGGGCGCGAGCCGCGCCACUCAGGUGUCCGCUCCGCCUUCCGGUCUGGAUUUGCUCCUCUGUGUCCAGCAGGAAGGGGACUGCGUGCCCCUCGCCCGACUGCAGCCCGAGCGCGGGGCGGACUUUUCCUGGCGGCUGGGGUCCGUCUGUCCCCGCGGCGGGCGGACGAAGGACGGACGCCAGAGAAAGAGGGCGGCGGCCUGGGCCGAGGCUGGUCCCCAACUCCGGCGGCGGCGGCGCGGCCUUGGGGACUGGCAUGAGCUCCUGGGGGCCGAGCGGGGGCCGCCAGGGCUGACCCGGCGCGGCGAUCGGCCCGGCCCAGCCAUCUUGACUGCGCACCGCGGCCCUAGAGGAAACUUGCUGCGCCGCCGCCCUCUGUGCCCGGCGGAGUCACUGCCGCCCGGCGCGGCGCGGCGCGGCGCGGAGAAGCGGUCGGGCGCGCGGAGAGGAGGCGAGCGAGCGCGGGACGAUGAGCCGAGGGCCGGCCGCUCUGCGCCGCGAAGACUGAGCGCGCCUCAGGGCGAGCAGAGUGGACCCUCUGGGACCGUGGCGCACGCCUGCGGCCACCUUCAAACCCCCGGAGCGGCAGAAAGGAGUGCGGAAGGGCCCUGACCAGGCUGCGGACCGCGCCGCUGCGUUCGCGCCCCGAGAAGGGGCCAGAUUAUCGGCAGAUCACCCUCCUCCCGGGCGAAGCAGAAGGGAGACUCCAGAUCACCAGCUUUGCCGGUCUCCAGCUGUCUCGCGGGGCCCCUGGCACCAGUCUCCGCGCCGCCUGGAGGGCGAGGGCACCGGGCCGAGGCGCGCAGCAUGGAGUGGGGUUACCUGUUGGAAGUGGCCUCCCUGCUGGCAGCCUUGGCGCUGCUGCAGCGCUCUAGCGGCGCUGCGGCCGCCUCGGCCAAGGAGCUGACGUGCCAGGAGAUCACCGUGCCGCUGUGCAAGGGCAUCGGCUACAACUACACCUACAUGCCCAACCAGUUCAACCACGACACGCAGGACGAGGCGGGCCUGGAGGUGCACCAGUUCUGGCCGCUGGUGGAGAUCCAGUGCUCGCCCGACCUCAAGUUCUUCCUGUGCAGCAUGUACACGCCCAUCUGCCUGGAGGACUACAAGAAGCCGCUGCCGCCCUGCCGCUCGGUGUGCGAGCGCGCCAAGGCCGGCUGCGCGCCGCUCAUGCGCCAGUACGGCUUCGCCUGGCCCGACCGCAUGCGCUGCGAGCGGCUGCCCGAGCAGGGCAACCCCGACACGCUGUGCAUGGACUACAACCGCACCGACCUCACCACGGCCGCGCCCAGCCCGCCGCGCCGCGAGCUGGGCGCCGUGGAGCAGCACGUGCGCUACGAGACCACGGGCCCCGCGCUGUGCACCGUGGUCUUCCUGUUGGUUUACUUCUUCGGCAUGGCCAGCUCCAUCUGGUGGGUGAUCCUGUCGCUCACGUGGUUCCUGGCGGCCGGCAUGAAGUGGGGCAACGAAGCCAUCGCCGGCUACUCGCAGUACUUCCACCUGGCCGCGUGGCUCGUGCCCAGCGUCAAGUCCAUCGCGGUGCUGGCGCUCAGCUCGGUGGACGGCGACCCGGUGGCGGGCAUCUGCUACGUGGGCAACCAGAGCCUGGACAACCUGCGCGGCUUCGUGCUGGCGCCGCUGGUCAUCUACCUCUUCAUCGGCACCAUGUUCCUGCUGGCCGGCUUCGUGUCGCUCUUCCGCAUCCGCUCUGUCAUCAAGCAGCAGGACGGCCCCACCAAGACGCACAAGCUGGAGAAGCUGAUGAUCCGCCUGGGCCUGUUCACCGUGCUCUACACCGUGCCCGCCGCGGUGGUGGUCGCCUGCCUCUUCUACGAGCAGCACAACCGCCCACGCUGGGAGGCGACGCACAACUGCCCAUGCCUGCGGGACCUGCAGCCCGACCAGGCGCGCAGGCCCGACUACGCCGUCUUCAUGCUCAAGUACUUCAUGUGCCUGGUGGUGGGCAUCACCUCGGGCGUGUGGGUCUGGUCCGGCAAGACGCUGGAGUCCUGGCGCUCGCUGUGCACCCGCUGCUGCUGGGCCAGCAAGGGUGCCGCGGGGGGCGGGGGCGCGGGCGCCACGGCCGCGGGGGGCGGGGGCGGGCCGGGGGGCGGCAGCGGCGGGGGUCCCGGCGGCGGCGGGGGCUCCCUCUACAGCGACGUCAGCACCGGCCUGACGUGGCGGUCUGGCACGGCCAGCUCCGUGUCUUAUCCAAAGCAGAUGCCAUUGUCCCAGGUCUGAGCGGAGGGGAGGGGGCGCCCAGGAGGGUUGGGGAGGGGGGCGAGGAGACCAGUGCAGCUAAGGGACACUUGACGGGCUGAGGUUCCCACCCCUUCACAGUGUUGAUUGCUAUUAGCAUGAUAAUGAACUCUUAAUGGUAUCCAUUAGCUGGGACUUAAAAGACUCACUUAGAACAAAGUACCUGGCAUUGAAGCCUCCCAGACCCAGCCCCUUUUCCUCCAUUGAUGUGCGGGGAGCUCCUCCCGCCACGCGUUAAUUUCUGUUGGCUGAGGAGCGUGGACUCUGCAGCAUUUCCAGAACCCGAGGCUUGGAGCCCUCCCUGGCUGCACUUGGCUGGGUUUGCAGUCAGAUAUACAGAUUUCACCUGGGAGAGCCUCUUUUUCUCCCUCGACUCUCCUACGUAAACUCCUAACUUACCCUGGAGGAGGGGUGACCGCGACCUGACGGGAUUGCACGGUUUGGGUAUUCUUAAUGACCAGGCAGAUGCCUUAAGUAAACAAACAAGAAAUGUCUUAAUUAUACGCCCCAAGUAAAUACGGGUUUCUUACAUUAGACGAUGUAUUUAUAUAAUUAUUUGUUAAAUUGUACAAAAUGUGUAAAAUAUGUAUAUAUCCAAAGAUAUACAGUGUGUACAUUUUUUUGUAAAAAGUUUAGAGGCUUACCCCUGUAAGAACAGAUAUAAGUAUUCUAUUUUGUCAAUAAAAUGACUUUUGAUAAAUGAUUUAACCACUGCCCUCUCCCCCGCCUCUUCUGAGCUGUCACCUUUAAAGUGCUUGCUAAGGACGCAUGGGGAAAAUGGACAUUUUUUGGCUCGUCAUUCUGUACAUGACCUCAGGCAUGGAGAAAAUUACUUGUUAAACUCUAGUUCUUAAGUUGUUAGCCAAGUAAAUAUCAUUGUUGAACUGAAAUCAAAAUCGAGUUUUUGCACCUUCCCCAAAGACGGUGUUUUUCAUGGGAGCGCUGUUCUGAUCCGUGGAUAACAACUCUCACCUUAGUGGAUGUAAAUGGAACUUCUCCAAGGCAGUCCCUCCCCUUAGGCCUUGUUAUUUAUCCUGUAUGGUAUCACUAAAGGUUUCAAAACCCUGCAUUCAUUUCUGGAGUCCGUGAUUUUGAAGGCACCUGGUGUUCCAGGAUCGGAACGCAUGGCUGAGGUGUAGAGGUUAAUGUUUUAAACCAUAGCUCACCCUUUACAGUAGAAGUCACUUGACAAUCUGGUAGGGGAGCAGGCGCUCUUUAAUGGAUUAAACUAACGGGUUAACAUCUUAAUAACCUUCAAUGCUUGUGUAUACCAAAUGUGCUGCUUUUCCUAGAGAAAAAAGCUAUUGUUCCUCUGUCAAGACUAAGCUAAUUUAUUUGAGCAGAAGGCUGUUGAAUUAACAGAAGAAUGCUCCAGCAAUUGUUGAACUUUUUACCUGUCUGCCCAGUGGCUCAGCACAUCAUUCCUUUAAGAGGAGCUAAAUGAAUAGGGUUAAUCUGUAGGGAACUUGGUCUUUUGAGUUUGAAAAACUUUGAUCUUUUCUCCUCUGCAAAUGUGCUGUAUAGUCUGAAGUUUCUUUCCCUGCUGCCCAUCUCCUCUUAGUGCAGACCAAUUGGCCACCGCGGAGCCUUAAAGUUCUUCCAUUAAAGGGAUGUGGGACUUUUACUUUAAAAAGGAGAGAGAGCGCGGGAGAGGAAGACUUGUAACAGUUAGUGAAGACCGGAGGCACAAGUGCUCAGCCUUUUAAACAGCUUUUCCCGGCAUUGUUAGCCAGCCUGCAGGCAGCUAGGCAUGGGUUGAAGCUUUAUAGAAAAGGGCUCUGAAUGCCCCACAGGUGGUCUGUGCACAUAAUCCCCCAAUUUAAAGCGUUUUCCUUUGCUGGACAAUUGCAUUACAAAACUCCCUUCUUUUUCGCUCCUAAUUGAACCAAUGAACUAUUAUAAACUACAAGUUUUUCUUUAAAAAAAAAAAAUCGUCAGUGCCUAAAUUCUAUUGACUAAAUUCUAGCAAGUUUUCCAAACUGAACCUUUUAAGGCACCGGAAGUAAAAGCUGCUUCACCAGACGUUUCUGUUUUGCGGAUAUUUUUAUUCCUUAUGCUUGUUAUUUUCUGACAGAUUAGCAAUAAUUUAAAAGUAAUUGGUAAGGUUGUGUGUUAGUACUGAAAAGAUAGCCCCAGGUCCCUUAUUAAGCUGUCAAUCAAGAUAAGAAAUGGGCAGCUACCCUGCUAAUGAUGGGGCAUCAAUCAUUAUGGGAUGGGAGGGGUUUUGUUCUGCCCAUCCUGCUAAAAUGUUUAUUCUCCUUACUUUACCUCGGAGGAAUCUCUAGUGGUUAAAAACAUUUUUGAUAGGCUAGACACUACUUCCUUGACCCAUCUUAGUCAUGUAAGAGGCUUUGCGGAAGAGUUCCAUGGGGGUAACUGUGCAGAUACUUUUCAGAGUCAGUCUUGCUGUUAGAUUAGACAUGCAAUUAGAACCCUGCUUUAGCUGCGGUGCCCAUCUUAUGUUUUAAAGCCAGAUCCAUUGUAAAAAUGUUCAUCUCUCCAAUAGUUUGGCUUAUUAAAGAAUUACUGUUUGUAACUUAGGUACCUAACAGUGGCCUACAUCUAACCUACUUGGUAACUCAUGUACUGCAGUGUACAUAUGCCAACUAUAAACUUUAUAUAUUCAGUUAUAAGGUAGAAUUUUGAGGGCAGGUCCCAAAGCCAUUACCACAUAUGUAGGAUGGGGAGAAAGCCACAAGUCACCAGUUAGCAUGUCGGCUUUCUCAGGUAGCAGUAUUCUCAUGACUGACACAUUUUCAACUGUAUGACACAGUGGGAAAAUGUCCAACUUUGAAGCUUUUUACCUUAUUCUUUACUAUAUCAUUAUAAAAUGCUAUAUUUGAUAACUCAA